AAUAAGAAAAAUAAAUAAAAAUCAUGAAUGAAAAAGAGAUUUGCAGGACUUGUUUGACCGAAAAAACAGCCGAAAACCCAUCUGACCUUCAGAAAAUCACCGAAAACGUCGAGGAAAUCUUCAAAAAAUUAUUUGGAACUGCAAUUCUUGAAAUCGAUGACUUACCAAAGUUUAUAUGCCAAAAAUGCUCGGAAAAGCUGAAAAUUUUGCAUGAAUUUCAUGAAUUAGUGCUCAAAAGUAUCGAAAAGUUCCGAAAUUUCCCUAAAAAUGAAGAAUUUAUUAAAGAAGAAAUUGAAGAUGACGAUUUUGUACCUGAAGAAGUCGAUCCAGGAGAUGAUUUAGCAUCAAAUUCCCCAGAUGAAGAAGUCCCUAACACUUCAAAACGUCGAAAACGUCCAAAACUGAUAAAAUCUCAAGUCGCUCGUGAAGACGAAGAAAUCCAAAACUUUUUCAACUUAUCUUGUUCCGUCUGCAGCAAGGACCGAUUACUGCAAUUUCCCGUUUUUCGUCUUUUUAGCGCCCACAUGAAGGAAAAUCACGAUGUUAAAGUCCCUUUUUUGCUUUGUUGCAAGAAAAAACUCUUCAAAAGGAGUGAGUUACUGGACCACUUGAACUUUCACAACCACCCGGAAAAGUAUCAGUGCCCCCUUUGCAAGCAUCAGUGUUACGAUAUCUACCAAUUGAAGAAGCACACGAACAAAUGCGAAGGUCCCGAUCGUCCCGAGAGCUUCCAAUGCGACGAAUGUUCGUUAAUUUUUACCUCGAUGAACACCUUGUCGAGUCACAAAAACGUCCAUUUAUCGCGCGAAGAAAAAGAUUCGAAGCGAAUUCAUGCCUGCGAUCGAUGUUCGGCCCGAUUCACCUCGAUUUACGGCUUGAAACGUCAUUUGAAGGAACGUCACGAAGGAAUUUCUUCGUUUUUGUGUCACGGAUGCGCCAAAUCGUUCGCUUCCAAGUCGGAUUUUUUGGUGCAUUGGAAAAGUAUUCAUGGGACAACGGAAAAAAUCAAGUGUCCCGAGUGUGGAUCGAUGUUGAAGCAUGAAAGAGCGUUACGGAGACACCUCAGGAACAUGCAUCAGUCGAAGGGACCUUGGAUUUGUAAGAAAUGUGGCAAGGAGACGCCCACAAUUGAGGCUUUGAGGUCGCAUGAGAGAUAUUCGCACAACGAAGCAGUGAAAUUGCACAAAUGUGACUUUUGUGAUAAAAAAUUUAAGAAAAUUCUGACCUUGAGAGAGCAUCUGACGACACAUUAUGACGCCGCGGAGUCAUUUUUGUGCGAAAAUUGUGAUAAAACGUUCAAUUCCAGUGCAAAUUUGGUGAAACAUCGUAAAAAAUUUCAUUUGGAAUGAAAU